AUGACGGUUGGAGACGCCGAGGCUGGAACAUGUGGAGGAUCAAAGCCGGUGGGCACCAGAACCACUGGACCAUGUCUGGAUGGAACCGGACCGGCCAGAAUCACCAGACCACACUCAGUCACCACUCUCAGCACCAUUGUCGUUCAGGCCGGAAGGUCAGAGGUUGUGGUGUCGGUCUUGAAGAGUGGGUCUGAGGUCCACGUCCAGCUGGUCCAUGUCCAUCCUGGACUCAGUGAGAUCGGAUCGAACCAGGAGGAAAACCAGACCCUGGUCCAUGAACAGCAGCAGCUUCUGGACAAACUGAAGAAACAUGAAAAGGAGGUUUUGUCGGCAGUGGAAAAGAAGAGGAAGAAGAUGAGAAGGGAGGAAGAGGAGGAUGAGGAGGUGAUGAAGGCCAUGGAGGCAUCUGUGGCUGAGGGCUGGACUCUGCUCAUGUUCCUGCUGCAGAGACGAUAUCGAGUCCUGGUCCUGGUUUCAGAAUUCUACUGCAGAGUCCAGGAGUUCUCCGUCGGUAUCAGCAGAGUCCAGGAUCUGCAGAUCAGACCAGACCACCUGAAUGAAGAUCGGCUCACAUAUGAGUCCCUGAGGAGAGAUCUUCUGGGGAAAUCGAUGCAGCUUCUAAGCAGCGUCAGCGUUUUACUGCAAAAACUCAGACAUCUACAGAAGACUGAGGCUCUCCAGAGGAGAGGAGGGAGUUCCCGGUCCAGCAGGGGGGCAGUGCUGAUGCUGGAGCAGCUGAUGGAGACUCUGCAGGACCAGAGGAGGAAGGCGGAUCAGCAGGUCCAGGUCCAGAUCCAACAAGUGGAGAAGAACCUCCAUAAAGAACCAGAGACCGGAAAGAUCCAGAUCAGCUCUGAAAUUAUUUGA